GACAAGUAGCACCUUGUGCGAGGUAGAAAUGUCGAGUACUUCCCAAACCUCCCCUCCAUAACCAAGAAGGGCCGGCACCAACGAGCGUUCUCCGACGCCCCAACCGAAGGAAACAGGAGCUUCAGACUGCUAACAAGUCCCAACCUCGCACGCCUUCCACCCAUAACAAAGAUACAUGACCGCGUCAAGAUAUCUCCACACAUCGAAACCAGAAGUUCACAGGUCGACCUGUUCUCUCCACGUCAGAAUCUCCGCUGCAGUUCUCAAAGCACUUGCAUAUAGAACCUACGAUAUCUGCGAGUAUGAUGCAGGCGAAGCACAUUUGGCAAACCCGCCGACGUCGAUUUGCGGAUUCUUCGAAUACCAAACCACACCUCCAUCCGGAUCUUUCGCUUCGGCAGACUGGCAAGGCACACUCGAAGAGAUACCCUCCCAAUCAAGACCCUCGAUACGAAUCGACUCGAUUUGCGAUAGUAUACCAUCAUUUCCAUACAUAUCCAACGAAUUGCAAUUGUGCCAGGCACUUCAGGAUGUCUGGUACCCCGAUUCGGCGCUCAGGGAUCCUCGCCCCGGUCCGUUUGAUAUCACGUGACAUUAAUUACCGACAUCAAAAACGCGCUCAAAUCGACGGGUAUAUCUCUGCGGUUUUACAUUAUCUGAGCGUGUCGGGUAUGAAGAUGUUUGACUGUACAGCACUUAACGACGAGAAGCUUUCCUGGGCAUUUUGGCUGCCGUUCACCUCUUCGACAGCCCACCCGUGUUCAUACACUGUAAAAUAUACACGAACUUGUGGCGUAACUAGGGGUUAUGGUGUUUUGUCCGGAACUGAACUGUUCUUGUUCAAAGUGAUGGUGGGGAACGUUGGAAAUUACCCCCUGGAGGAUUGGCGCACGCGUGCAACAGCGGACGCUACGCUAGAAGCUCAUGGACGACGAGAUUCAAGGGAAAAAAGACCAAGAAAGAGUCCUGCAGCGCUUGUACGACAAAGGCCCCACUUGCCCCGAAUAUGAACCCUCAAUCUGCAGCUUCCCGUGAGGGAGACA